AUGCUUAGCUUCGGGAGGAAGGAAAUUCCUCCUGAUAAAAGUCUAAAAGAAUUUGUAUUAGAUUUUAAUAUUCAUGAUGCGUAUAAUGAGCAUUCAGAUAUUGUUACAAAUUAUUUAAUUCACCAUAUUUCAGAAUUUCUUGAUCUUAUACUUGAUCCGAACAAUGGAUCAAUCGGAAUUAACGCAGUACUUCUUGCAGCAAACCCUCAAAUCAAUCUUAUUAAAGCAAUGACCGAAAAAGGCCUCAUUUUUUCGAAAAUUACAAAAUUCAUUAAUUAUUCACCGGAUUUUUCAUCUAAAAUAGCAGUAAGAGUUUGUUCAAUAUUCAUGGGUAUCAUUCAAUGUGAUCGCGACGCCUCUUUGCUCAUUCCUCCGUUUCUUCUUAACUUUUUACGAUUUUCCGACAACUCCGGUAUCAGAUCACUAUUUGAAUACAUCUUUAACGGCAAUAAAGAGCACAAAUUGAUUGUUGAUCACAUAUCCAACAUUAAUAUCCCGAAUCUCUUCAUUUCCAUCAUCGAACAAGCUCAAAAAGAUGUUGACAAUGACGAAAACAAAGACUAUUCUGACUCAAACACAGAUUAUACCUUUGAAGAUAACCAAUACUCAUUUACGCACUACGAAAUGCUCCAAGUUACUAGUUAUUCAUUAACACAAUCAUCAAUGUGUGAUUUUGUCAGUGCAAAUUCGUCAGAUGAAUUAAAAGUCCAAUUAAAUGUUCCAAUUCACACAAACUGUUCAUUUCCAUCAGCUGCAUCCCUCAAUAAGAUGAAGAGUUCCAAUAGCAUGACCUCUUUUUCGUUCAAAGUCUCAAGAGAUCUUUCAAAUUUUGCUGAAACAAGAAAUGAGGAAGAUGUGGCCUAUUUAAUCUGCUCGUUACUUAAAAUUGGUCGGUCGAUGAUAAAAACUUCAACAGUGAUCAGACAACAAUUUAUUUCAGAUUUUUCGGUUUUUGACUUCCUUCUUCAAUCGAAAUAUCAAUUUUUUGUCAAUGAACUGAUGCUUUUAUGCAACGAGCUGAUUUCAGACACCUUCUGUGAUAGUUUCAAAACAAUUUUGAAUUUUUCUUGGAAUUAUUUAGUAGAAGGAACAGAUAGACUAACAGAAUUGACAGUCACAUCAUUAGAUAUCAUUAUCAAUGCGGAAUCACGAGGAAUUAUCAAGUUUAAGAACGAUUUUGGAAGAUUAUUUGAAAUAAUUAUCAGACUUUGUGCACAAUUCCCUGAUUCAUCAUUUGUAUUAUCGAGAAUAACCAAGCUGGUGCUUGUUUCUCUAGAAGACAAGUUUCUAAAUCCAAUUGUUUUCGAAUUAUUAAUUCCGGCGUUGAUUGAGUUCGCAAAUGACGAUAACCAUAGAGCCUCAAGGAUCCAUCUGGUCACAAUGUUCGACGAAAUCAAGAACAAAUACUACAAAUCAAAACCUUACAAAAAUUUGUUGAAAUCAAGUAUAAAAGUUUACAAUUUCAUGGAGAGAUUCCUUCCAAACUACAUUUCCCACAUAAAUAGACCUUACGGAGGCCAAGUUUCCCAACAAAUUGUUGAUACAUUUUCUCAUUACAAUUUAGGAUGA